UUUUAAACUAAAAUGGAGGCUGAUUCCUUGCCGUGAGGAGCGCGCUGCCGUGCCCGCUGGAGCCUCGAUGUUGACAUGUAACAGAGCUGGCAGCAGGAUGGUGGUUGACGCAGCCAGCUCCAAUGGGCCGUUCCAGCCCGUGGCCCUCUUGCACAUCCGAGAUGUUCCUCCUGCUGAUCAAGAAAAGCUUUUUAUCCAGAAGUUACGACAAUGUUGUGUACUUUUUGACUUUGUUUCUGAUCCACUAAGUGACCUAAAGUGGAAGGAAGUAAAACGCGCAGCUUUAAGUGAAAUGGUAGAAUAUAUCACACACAAUCGCAAUGUGAUUACAGAACCUAUUUACCCUGAAGUAGUACAUAUGUUUGCAGUUAAUAUGUUUCGAACAUUACCACCAUCUUCCAAUCCGACGGGAGCAGAAUUUGAUCCAGAGGAAGAUGAACCAACCUUAGAAGCUGCAUGGCCUCAUCUACAGCUUGUUUAUGAAUUUUUCUUAAGGUUUUUAGAAUCUCCAGAUUUCCAACCUAAUAUAGCUAAGAAAUAUAUUGAUCAGAAGUUUGUAUUACAGCUUUUAGAGCUCUUUGACAGUGAAGAUCCUCGUGAAAGAGAUUUUCUUAAAACAACUCUUCACAGAAUAUAUGGGAAAUUCUUAGGCCUAAGAGCUUACAUCCGGAAACAAAUUAAUAAUAUAUUUUAUAGGUUUAUUUAUGAAACAGAACAUCACAAUGGCAUAGCAGAAUUACUGGAAAUACUGGGAAGCAUAAUCAAUGGAUUUGCCUUACCAUUAAAAGAAGAGCACAAAAUAUUCCUAUUGAAGGUUUUGUUACCAUUGCACAAAGUGAAAUCACUCAGUGUCUACCAUCCACAGCUGGCGUACUGUGUAGUUCAAUUUUUAGAAAAGGACAGCACACUUACAGAACCAGUUGUAAUGGCACUGCUGAAAUACUGGCCAAAGACUCACAGUCCAAAAGAAGUCAUGUUUUUAAAUGAACUAGAAGAAAUUCUGGAUGUUAUUGAACCAUCUGAAUUUGUAAAAGUUAUGGAGCCUCUUUUCAGACAGCUAGCCAAAUGUGUGUCCAGUCCACACUUUCAGGUUGCAGAGCGAGCAUUAUACUACUGGAAUAAUGAAUAUAUUAUGAGUUUAAUUAGUGAUAAUGCAGCGAAGAUUUUACCCAUCAUGUUUCCAUCCUUGUACCGGAAUUCAAAGACGCAUUGGAACAAGACAAUACAUGGCUUGAUAUACAAUGCUCUGAAACUCUUCAUGGAGAUGAACCAAAAACUGUUCGAUGACUGCACACAGCAAUUUAAAGCAGAAAAACUGAAAGAGAAGCUAAAAUUGAAGGAACGGGAAGAAGCAUGGGUUAAAAUAGAAAAUCUAGCCAAAUCAAAUCCCCAGUACCCAACAUAUAGUGACACGAGUUUGCUGAACAGUCCUGUUGCAAUGGAAACAGAUGGGCCUUUAAUUGAAGAUUUGCAGAUGCUGAAAAAGACAGUGAAAGAAGAGGCUUGUCAGGCACAGAAAGAUCAGAAAAAAGAUCGUCCUCUUGUGCGACGCAAGUCAGAACUGCCUCAGGAUAUCUAUACCAUGAAAGCCUUGGAAUCACAUUGCAGAGCUGAUGAAUUAAUAUCACAUGAUGGGCAUUAAACUAUUACAGUGAAAUAUUAUUUUGGAGGAAAAGUGUUUUUUUCUGGACUCGGUUCUACAGUAGAACUUACUUUUUUGUGCCAUACCAAUCAGUUACACACAAAGUCAAAGCUUUCUUCAACCCAGUUCUGUAGGCAAUAACUUAGAGUAUGCAGCUCAAGAUUAGUAGUUCAAACAAUGGUAAAUUACCCAAUUCCAUAUGCAGAAUAUUGGGUUGACUAUAAUCAAGUGGACACAAUUCCCUGGAGGUGUUAUCAUAGUACCAGUUAGCCGAUAACGUGGUUUUUAUAGUCGUAUUUGAGAAAUGCAUUAUAUGAACUCUGUCUAAAUAAAUGAGUGACCAAUAGUUGGUACUAAUGAUAAAUGUGUGUUUUCAAAAGUAAACUUAUUUCAGAAUGAAGUAUUGAACUUUUUUCUAAUAUUUCUCAAUUUUACAGUGGUUUCCACAUUAUUGCUGUCUUGUAAUAUACCAGCAGUUUUGAAAAUACACAGUUAUUCUUUCGUAUUGUAAAACAUGGCUUACAAACUGGUAACUUUCAUGACAAUCCUCAUUCAUCAUUCCUUUCUAAGAAUUCUGUAAAUUUAUUUCUCCUUUAUGUAGGAUAAAGAUGUAUAUCUAUAUAUACCAUGUCCUAAUACUUUAUGUAUAUUUAAAGCCAUAUUUUCCGGUCUUUAGUGUGUAAUACAGCACCAGUAUUCCAGACAUGAACUGGUAGAAGCAUUUUUCCUAAAAUGAAAAUAUGUUUACUGUAACUGGGAAUAGACUGAAUAUAAAAUUUUAUUUUAAGUUUUUUCAAGUCAAUGGAAUACUCUUUCACUGUUUUCUCCCUUAUCUGAGCUUUUAAUACUCAGCAUUUUUCUUGGGCUCUAGGAGUUCAGUAUUCUCUGGCAGAUAUUAUGCGCGAUUUCAGUUGCAUCAGUUCUUAUCUGAAAGAUGAGCAUAACCGUUCAGGAAAUAGAACAUCGAAAAUUACUAAAAUAAGAAAAAGAACAGACCCUUGAAUUCCAUUCUGCUUCUUUUUAAACGAGUCUAAGAGCUGAGGAGAUAGUGACCAUAAUUUUACCAUGAAAAUAUUUUUGUUGUUGUUGUAAAGAGCACAUGUGCUGCAAAUACACCUCACAAGUGAACUGAAAAUGCAUCUGAGUUGCUGAUGAUCUUCAAAUGCUGCUAUAUAUUCCACAAGAUUACUUGCAUGUAAUGAGCUUUUUGUUGUAGAUGGAGAAGCACGAGAGGAAAAUCUCUUUAAAAAUAUAGUGCUUUGUCUUCAAUAUUUGAUUUCUCUCAGGGUGGCCAGUAUUUUGACUUACUUAUCCUGCUUACAAGCUGUUUGAAAUGUGUUCCGCUAAUCUGAAUGGGUGAUUAGUUUCUUUUGUCUCUGGCAGUAACAUGAUAUAACUUAAUGUUUAAUGUCUUGAUGCAUAAAGAGAUAAAAACGUGGCUUCUUUAAAAAUAGUUUUGUUUUACUUCUUAAGAAAGUAUAAUGUCUCCUGCAUCCAUUAAAAAAAAAUAAUUGUGCAAAGCAGACAUUCAUAGUAACCUUGUGCAGAUGUAGUGCCUGCUGUUGGUUCUGUUUAACAUUCAGUUUCCAAUAUUUGUUACGUUGUCUAUUGGAAGAAAAUUGUGGGUGGUAAAUAUUGGCUCACAAUUAAAUUUAAAGACCAACCCAAACUUUAAGUGGAAUGUCCACUGUGUCUGAAAACAUUUCCUGUAAAACUUGAAAAAGAAUAUGCUUUACCAUUAGGAUAAACUAUAUUAAAACAAUUUAAAGAUGCCUUCUCCUUUUGAGGGAAAAAGGGUGCUUUUUUAAUUGUGUAAAGCGAUGUCUAUGUAUUUUGAUAUACCAUUGUUUGAACUUCCAUCUUUAGCUGGUAGAUUAUCAGUUACCUUUGAUUUUGGGUGUUCAGUAUGUUUGUGCAAGAGGUUGGUGAAAGGAAUUAUUCUUAUGUUACCCAAAGGGGGGGGGGGAACCUGUAUAUCAAUGUUUGAUUGAUUGUGUGAUGCUCAACGUAUAAGAACAUCUUUCACUGUCUAGAUUUUAUUUCUGUUCUUUACUGAAGAUAAACACUCACCAAAAAGGGGAAGUAUUAUGGGAUUUUUAAAGGCUUAAAGUUCACCGUAAAUUCAUAUUUGAAGUCUUGGGCCACUGAAUAUUUGCUUAGGCAAUAUUCCAAAAUCUAUCACCACUGAUGGUUUAGCGUGUUUACAGUCAAUAUUUACAUACUUCUUAAUAAUACUCUACUAAACCAUUCUAAAACUAAUACAUCCAAAAUAAAAAGAAAAAUUAAGGUAGAAUUUUGGUGACUGUUGUUCUUCAUAAAGUUCUGUCUGACACUUUCCCUUGUUUUCCAAAAUUACACCUGUACAUCAGGAAUGUCAAAAGUAAUAUUACAAGUGUCUUUUUAGUGUGGCUUUAGUAUGGCUUCAUUUUAAUAUUGUACAUACAUUGUACCUUGUUUUAUGGUAAUAAGUAAUAAAAAUGUAGACUUCAUAUUUUGUACAGAAUCGUCCUAUGUACAGAAUAAAAAGUUCCUAGAAACAGCAAA